AUGAGCAUCCAACCAAGUCGGGGAUUGACAAGAAUUGUUCAACCUUUCCAGAGACUAGGAAAUAACUUCAAACCCAGCUUUGUUCCAGACUCCUUGCCAUGUCUCCGACCUGUUCAGAGAUUGACGAACAAAACACUGCACCUUAAAAAAAUGCCAGAAGACUACCCGUUGGUGACCGGAGCAAACCAUUGGAGAAGAAAAGUUAAAACUGUAUUCCAACGGCUAGAUUCCAAUGCUGAUGGGUACAUUACUAAGGAAGACCUUGUGAUAUCUGCCAAACGACACAUAGAAUAUUUGAAGCUCCAAGUUAUUGAAUUCCACAAUGUUAGGACAAAAGUUAUUGUUAAAGUUUUUCAUUUCUUAGAUGAACCAGCUGAACACAUUCUAAACCUACGUCUUCACAUGUGGUCGGCCCUUGCUGGAGAUAAACCCAGUCUUUCCCAGGAGGAACACUGGAAGAACAACUUCUCCAUCGUGAACCAAAGCCACUUUCGACGUGAAUUAUACUACAUUAUUGUCUCCACAGAGUUUAAUGUCAUGGAUACUGAUGGCGAUGGUCUUAUAUCCAAGGAGGAACAUGCUGCCUUUUUCUACAGCCAUUACAUUCCAACUAAAUAUUCGAAGUCCGUCUUUGAUGUGAUGGACUCCAACGCAGAUGGUAUCAUCUCAUUUCAAGAGUUCACACAGGCGUAUGUAGAGUUUUGGUUGACCGAAGAACCAAACAACAUUUACAAUGAAUUCUAUGGACCACUAGUUUAUUAA